AUGUACCUCAUGAUCAUCACACCCCCUCACUCAGCACUCAACGACGCUCGCGCGCAGCCCACCUCCCUCAGCGAACCGCCAAGGGCUUCUAACAUGCUAGGUACGUACAAACUCCUUCUCAACCGUCCUCCGAAACUCCUUCUCAAAUGCCCUCAGCAUCUCCAGGUACUCCCUCCGAAACUCCUUCUCAACUGCCCUCCCAAACUCCUUCUCAACCGCCGCCCUCCGAAACUCCUUCUCAAACACCCUCCGAAACUCCUUCUCAACCGCCGCCCUCCGAAACUCCUUCUCAAACGCCCUCCGCGUCUCCAGGCGUUUCACGCUGCCCUACUCCCUCACCGAACCCCUAAGCGCUUCCAACACGCCAAGCACUCCCUCACGCAGCACUCAACUCGCGCGCAGCACACCUCCUCACAGAACCGCCAAGUGCUUCUAUCACGCCAGGCACUCCCUCCGAAACUCCUCAAACACCUUCUGCGUCUUCGGGCGUCUCAUACCACCUUGUGCCAUCCUCCUCCAGUUGACGAGGAUCGUUCCAAUUUUAUUGAUGCACGCAGCAAACAAUCCGCGCCAAGCAAACCCCCCAAGUUACUCACCAGCGAACUCACUCCUGAGGCCGCGCAGGACUGGGAGAAUGCAUGCGCAACUUAUUUCAUGCAUAAAGAAAUUGAACCACAGAAUCAGGUCAAAAUGGUAGCCUUUGGAAUGCUCGACCCCAGAUUACACACCUGGUACCUUGCACAGCGAGUCACGCUUGAUGUGGGUACGUUCCUAGAGUAUAUGACGGCACUCAAAGGCGCCUGGCUCGAAACACAUUGGGACACCAAGCUUCAAAAGAAGGUACUGGGCUCUCAACAAGGAGGUCGCGCAUUCUAUGAAUGGGCACUGGAACUCCAAAACCAGAACACCCUUUUAUACGGUAACGCUGCUCACCUAACAGACGCCCAGCUCCGCAACCAAUUAGAAGCGAAUAUAUGCGAUGACCUGACCACGGCAGAAGUACGUCAUCUCGACGAUAAACGCCUCGAAGACCUCGCCAUGCAUAAAAGACUCGCAGAUGAAGCCUACAAGACCUCCAGACGAACCAACCAAUCUUACACAGCAUCAAAGACUACCUACAGCUUGUUGACAAACAACUCUGCACCUCGUCUCGGCCCUCUCACAGUAGCAGAACGAACGCUACUCGCAGAUAACAAGGGCUGCUUCAAGUGCAGAAAGUUUUACGUGUCACACAGAUUGAGAGAAUGUCCUGACGGCGCACCAGAAGCAUCAUCCUACAAGACAAUUACCGAAGCGGAUGCAAUGGCAGCCAAAACCAAGAACGAACGGUCAAACAGGUCUGUGCCUAUCGCUGCGGUCGCUCCGGUCACUGCCAUGAUGCCUUCGUCUGUCUUGGAAGACUUAUCUGACUCGAAUGAUGAUACAUGCAUGGCUCCUUUUGAAACUGCCCAUAUCAUAUGA